CCCACCUCCUCCUACGCGCGCGACGCCAUCCCCCGCCAACUCGCCUCGCUCUUCAUCAUCGCCCUCUCCGCCGCCCUCGCCCUCUACUUCCUUUUCUGCACCCUCUCCUACUACUUUGUGUACGACCGCCGCCUCGAACACCACCCCAAGUUCCUGCCACGCCAGAAGCGCCAGGAGAUCAUCAGCUCCCUCAUCGCCGCCCCCGUCAUCGAUGUCAUGACCCUCCCGUGGUUCCUCGGCGAGGUGCGCGGCCACUCGAAGCUGUAUAACCGCGUCGGCGAGUAUGGAUGGGCAUACUUUGCUUUCUCGGCAGUGUGGUUUUUGGUGUUUACGGAUUUCUUGAUUUACUGGAUCCACCGGUUGGAGCACCACAAACUCGUCUACAAGCACGUCCACAAGCCGCACCACAAAUGGAUCGUCCCCACGCCCUACGCCGCGCUCGCGUUCCACCCGCUCGACGGCUAUCUCCAGUCGCUGCCGUACCACAUCUUCGUCUACCUCUUUCCCAUGCACCGCCUGCUCUACCUCGGCAUGUUUGGCUUCGUGCAGUUCUGGACGAUCUUGAUCCACGACGGCGACAUGAUCUCGGGCCACCUCCUCGAGCGCUUCAUCAACUCGCCGGCCCACCACACGCUGCACCACCUCUACUUCACCUGCAACUACGGGCAGUACUUUACGUGGGCGGACAAGACGUUUGACAGCCACCGCGAUCCCAUGCCCGAGCUCGACCCCAUCCACGAGAGCUUGAAGGCUAUGCGCGCAAAGGGGCUGUUG